GCAUCCUGCCGUCUCCUCUCUUGACCGCCCUGCUGCUCCGGUGAAGAAUAUAGAUUGCUAUAGGAUCUUCCGAUUUAAGUCAGUGUCAUCACAACUCUGAUCAACAAUCGCAUGUUAGAAGCCAUGAUCGUCUAUGUGAGAAGAAGAGAAAGAAAGAAACCAGUUAUGGUGGGUGAUGACCCUUAUGCUUCCCCAAUUUUAUGCACUAUGAGAGAUCCCAACAACUGUAGUGAGAUAAAUAGCAUGAAGGUGGAUGAUGUAAUAAACAUCUCUGAAAAAUUGAACAACAACCGGACAGAGACGAGGCCAAAACAGCCUGAUAUUGGUUAUGAACAUCUUCCGUUGAUGGAUGGCGCUGCAACGGAAACAGAGACAAGGCCAAAACAGCCUAAUAUUGGAUGUGAACAUCUUCCGUUGAUGGAUGGCGCUGCAGCGGAAACAACUCAGCGUAAAAGAGUUACCGCUAAGGCUGUAUAUAUUCGAAGGUACAAAGAUGCAAUGAAAGCUCUGAUGAAGCCACAUAGUAGUUAUGCAUUGUUGUACGAGCCAAAUCUUGUUUCAAAAUCAAAAAGUUCUAGCAAGAAGAUGAAGGGGACAUUGAAAUCCACACAACAACAAAGUAGGCCAGAGAAGAAUCCCACCAAAAAAGAAACACAAUUUAGAUCAUUCUCACAAAAUGUCAAGACUCUAACCGCUACUGGUAUGCUUGACGGGGCAGCUGUGCAGUAUCUUUCUGCAUCAAGAGAGAAGGAGCUUCGUGGAAUUAUCAAAGGCUCUAGCUAUCUUUGUGGUUGCAACUCUUGUAAUUACUCCAAGGUAGUAAAUGCUUACGAGUUUGAAUGUCAUGCGAGCUGCAAAACAAGUCACCCGAACAAUCACAUACACUUGGAGAAUGGCAAGACCCUCCAUUCGGUUGUUCAGGAGUUGAAGAACACCCCACCAGCUAUGUUAUGUGAUGCUAUUCAGGCUGUGAUCGGCCCUUCUCUGAAUCGAGAAGCUUUCAAUUCUUGGAAAGAAUCAUUUGAAGCAAUAAUGAGAGUCUAAUUCAGUUAUAGUUUGAAGAAUUGCUGGAAAAUAAAUGUUGGAUAUUGGUGGACUUCAACCUCAACCAGAAACUCUUAAGCUUGGGUAGUAACCACUUUAUCACU